AUGUAUUUCGUCUUACAAUUAUUCAAAAGUGUCAUAUUCGUUUUGAUAAAUUUAAUAAUUGUUUUAUAUACGUUACAACGCUUUUUCUGGGCAAUGAAACAGCAUUAUAAAAUCAUGACAGACAUCGCAGAUUUUAAUUCAAUGGUAAACGAAUCUCGCGCCAGUUUGGAUUAUAUGAAAUUCAAAAUAAUGGAGGCAAUGGAUGAGAUCAAGGAAGACGUUAGCAAGGAACUCUGCAUUACCGAUCGUUUGACAAAACUUAGCUCAAGAAUGGCUGCAUUAUCUAAACGAUUCAACAUCGUUGAAGAGGGUGUGAUAGAGUUUGUACGUAUGGAUCAUAAUAUGGAAAGCGUUAGAGUGGAAACACCGGCUAACAUAAACGAGGAAAUGGAUAAUAUACUUAAGAGUUUAAUCGAAAAGAAACAACAGCGAAGGAAACAUUGA